AUGGAAGAAAAAUCAGGAAUUUAUGAACUGCUUUGUAAGAACUGCCCAAAAAAAUAUAUCGGUCAAACAAGUAGAAGGUUUGAUGAAAGAUAUAAAGAACAUAGAAGGGCUUUUAGAUAUCAAGAUGAAAAAAGUUCAGCAAUGGCAGCACAUUGCAUCGACGAGGAACAUUAUAUGGGAGAAGGAAGGAUAAUCGAGGAGGUGAGAGACAACAAUAAACUUGACGCUUGGGAAAGUCUCUAUAUGGACAACGACAAGAACCUUGUCAACAUUAACGAACAAAUCAUCUCUUCGAAUCUUUUCAAAUUUGCAUCUCUCGAUUGA